UGGUCGGGUGGCCUCGGUCCCGGGAGGCCAGGCAUGAAGAUCACAAGGCAGAAACACGCCAAGAAGCAUCUCAGCUUCUUCCGCAACAACUUCGGAGUUCGCGAGCCCUACCAGAUCCUGCUGGAUGGCACUUUCUGUCAGGCGGCGCUGCGGGGCCGCAUCCAGCUGCGAGAGCAGCUGCCGCGAUACCUCAUGGCGGAGACGCAGCUAUGCACCACCAGAUGUGUGUUAAAGGAGUUAGAAACACUGGGAAAAGACUUAUAUGGGGCUAAACUCAUUGCACAGAAAUGCCAAGUUCGACAUUGUCCCCAUUUUAAGACCCCAGUGAGUGGAUCCGAAUGCCUGCUUUCCAUGAUCGAGGGGGGAAAUCCUCAUCAUUAUUUUAUGGCAACACAGGACCAGAAUCUGUCUGUGAAAGUAAAGAAGCAGCCUGGAGUCCCUCUCUUGUUUAUUAUUCAGAACACUAUAGUCUUGGACAAACCUUCUGCCAAAACAAUUGCUUUUGUUAAAGCUGUUGAGGCUGGUCAGCUUGUCUCUGGGCACGAAAAACAAAGCAUCAGGCAGCUCAAAGAAGAGCAGGGCUUAGUGAAAACCCCUGACCAGAAAAGAAGAAAGAAGCGCAAAAGAAUAAGUGGCCCCAAUCCUCUUAGCUGUUUGAAGAAAAAGAAAAAAACACAAGAUGCAAAACCAUCAUCUGCUUCUAGAAAAAAGAGAAAAAGAAUCCGUAACAGAUCUGCCUCCAAAACAGUACCUUCUGAAAAAGUGAAUGCAGAAGGGUGA